CAAAUUGUCGGUGCUGUCAAUAGCCGUUUUUCAAAACAAACUUUGAAUUUAGUUUUUCGCGAUGGAUUACCAAUUAUAUCAAACGAAAUUAGCGAACCACAAAAUAUUUAAAGAUCUUAAGGACAGUUUGAGUAAAUAUUCGGGUACAAAACUGUGUAAUUUAAUCGUAUUACAAGAUGAUGUUCUGUAUGUGUGGAAUUCGGUUGAAAUUUGUUUAUAUUGUGUGAAUUUGAAACGACUGGAUGAAUUGGAAGAAGAAACACCAUAUCAGAAACUGCACCUGUUGUCGCCACCGGCGUUCUGCGUGGAGCGCCUGCUCAGCAGCAGCUGCGGCAGCCGGCUCUGCCUGUGGGGCUCCCGGGGGGUGACGGUCGCGGAGCUGCCGACUAGAUGGGGGAGGGGGGGCCUGUUCGAGUCCGGACACCAAACUGUGUUAUGCAAGAGUUUCUCAUUAGACGAGAGGUUCCUGUACUCACAGGGCGAGGUGCUGAGGGUGCAUUGGCAUCCGAAGUCGCUGUCACAUCUUCUGGUCCUGGUCUCCGAUAACACUAUGAGGCUCUACAACAUAGCGUUAAAGACCGGUCCGAAAAUGGUGAAAUCCUUCUCAAUUGGACCCAAACCUGUUGGUUCUCUCGGCAUGACCUUACUGGACAGUUUCGGGGACAGCGCUGUGGACUUCACACCGACUCCGGACACUGAACACUUGCUGAUUCUCAGCGGGAACGGUGACGUGUACAUGAUGAAUAGUAAUUUCUUGGACAGUAGCAGCCCGCUGCAGGGGCGGGUCCGCGGGCCGCUGGCGAUGUACCCGGCGGCGGACGACAACUACGGCGCGGAGUCGUGCGCGCUGGCGUGCCUGCCCGCGCCGCCCGCCGCGCUGCUCGUCGUCGCGAGCGCGUCCGCCACGCUCUACCACUGCCUCUUGUUGCCGUGCCCGACUGAGAACAAAGAUGACGACGGCUACGCGCUCUACGUGCUGGAGUCUGUGGAGUUGAACAUUGCGCUGUCCAGCAAGGAUGAUGUGCCUUUCGCCUACCCAGUGCAUCUUUAUCCGUGUCCCGGCAACACAUAUGCGUGCAUGCACGCAGAAGGCGUGCACACUAUCACACUACCUGUAUUGGACCAUCUGAAGGACUUGGCUUUAGCUGACGAAUGUGAGGUGGACACCGCGCUGUCGCUGGUGUCGUCCGCCGCGUCCAGCGCGCGCCAGCUGGUGUGCUGCCGCGCCCCCGGGGGGGAGACCGCGCCCCGCGCCCUGCUCGUGCUGUGCCGCCCCGCCGAGCUGCUCGCCAGGAGUUUAGAGCCUUACGACCUGGAAGACCAGCUGUUCAAACAGCUGCAACUGAAGAACCCAUCGUUGGAUGACGAUGACAUAAAUAAAAUACUCAAAGAGCGCCAGAAAUUAUCGUUCACGACUAUAAUCCAAGAGGUACUGAGCCGCGAAGUGUCUCAGCCCAUACUGAAGAUGAACAAGAGCGUGGAACCCAGCCCUAAGGAGAGUUUGGAGUUGUUGACCAGCGCGACGGUGAAACUGCGGGAGCAGUACAUGUCUCGGCAGCAGCGCGCCGGCGUGGCCGUGCUCACCAAGCUCACCGCGCUCCAGGCUCUGCAGCAGCAGCAGCACACCUGGCACCAAGAACUGCAGAAUGACAUAGAAAACGUGCAGUUGCAAGCGGCAGUUCUGUUGGAGAAGAGGAAUUUGGCCGAGAAACGUCAAGAAAGAAUCAAAGAGCGGUGUUCAGCGGUCAUCCGCCUGCUGCGGUCGCACAGCAGCAGCAGCCAGCAGGAGCGCGAGAUGCUGCAACAGCUGGAGUCCUACCGCCAGCGAGCUGCAAACAUGCUGGCCACCAGCCGCACGCUGAAGGAACACGCUGACACUUACUUGCGACAGAUAAAAGAAUGGCGCGAAGACUAUAAGAAGAAGGAUAUAGCUCUCGGCAAGUCCCACAGUGACACCAUCUCGUCAAUAUUGCAACAACAGACGAACCAGAUUUCCACAAUUAUCGAAGAAACCAAACUAUUGAAAGACCAACUUGGUGUAGUUUAGUAUAAUAAGUUCAUUAAAAUAAGUAUUGACUAAAAAUUUAUAAGUUUGAAUAUCUCUACUCCACAUUCACAUGGUUUCUUUUUCCAAUUAUAAAACAACAGGACAUAGUUAAUUGGUUUUUUUUCUC